CUAAUAUUUAAUUCGGAAUAACUAGGUGCGGGGGAGUGAACAUGGCUGCGGUUGUGGAGAAUGUUGUCAAAAUGCUGGGGGAGCAGUACUACAAGGAUGCCAUGGAGCAGUGCCACAGCUACAAUGCCAGACUGUGUGCUGAGAGGAGCGUCCACAUGCCUUUCCUGGACUCUCAGACUCGUGUAGCUCAGAGCAACUGCUACAUCUGGAUGGAGAAGAGACACAGGAGUCCAGGGGUCAACCAUGGACAACUUUAUACCUACCCUGCCCGCCGCUGGAGAAAGAAGAGGCAUGCACAUCCCUCUGAGGACCCCCGUCUUGCCUUUCCCCCCGUUAAAUCAGCAGAGCUGGACCUAGGAGUGAAGAAGGACAACCUGGCCACCGCGGCUGAUGGUAGCAGUCUGGAGGCUCUGCUGAAGGGGGAGCCCUUGGACAAACGCGGAACCCCAGAGUUGCGUAGCAUGGACGAGGAGCCUGGACUGGCUGAACCCACAGGCGUUUCUCACAGUACAGCCACACGCCUUAGAAAGAGAAUCCUGGAGCCUGAGGACUUCCUAGAUGACCUAGAUGAUGAAGACUAUGAGGAAGACACCCCUAAAAGACGAGGGAAAAGCAAGAACAAAAGUCGGGGAGGAAGCAACACCCGGAAGAAGCUGGAUGCUGCUUCACUGGAGGACAGGGACAAGCCGUAUGCCUGUGAUAUCUGCGGGAAGCGCUACAAGAACCGGCCGGGCCUGAGCUACCACUACACCCACUCACACCUGGCAGAAGAGGAAGGAGAAGAUGAGGAGGAGGAGGAAGGCGAGAGCCAAGUUCCUUUCCAACCGCGACCAGAAGAGCACAAUACACCCAAAAAAGGGCCCGAUGGCUUGGCAGUGCCAAACAACUACUGCGACUUCUGUCUGGGGGACUCCAAAGUGAACCGCAAGACAGGGCAAUCGGAGGGGCUGCUGUCCUGCUCAGAUUGUGGCCGAUCAGGUCACCCAUCCUGCCUACAGUUCACCCCAGUCAUGAUGGCAGCAGUUAAGACUUAUCGUUGGCAAUGCAUCGAGUGUAAGUGCUGCAACGUCUGUGGGACCUCAGAGAAUGACGACCAGUUGCUCUUCUGUGAUGACUGUGACCGAGGGUACCACAUGUACUGUCUGAGCCCUCCCAUGUCAGAACCUCCUGAAGGAAGCUGGAGCUGCUACUUGUGUUUGGACUUACUGAAAGACAAGGCGUCCAUAUACCAGAACACGCCACCAUCGUGAUGACUUCCACUGCAUUUGUGUCCCUCUGUGUCUUUACCACCCUUCACCCCCUGUCCCAGCACAUCAGCCCUUCACUACAGGUCCAGAGGGAGUACGAGGUGGGCUUCCACUGUGGAGUACAUCUAUCCCCACCUUGAACAAGACAGGGAAGGAGGGAGUACUUUCAGACAAGCCUUCUUUCCCAGCUUCUUGUUUCUCCAGCUCUAUGUUGCACAUUCUGGUUUUUAGGAUGUCAACAGUGUUCUCAAGUUCUUGAUAACAUGUUUAAUGUCACUUAUGUCUUAGUCUUGUUUUUGUAAUUGUACAUGUACUGCUUUGGUUCUGUUGUUCCCUUUGUACCAUGAAGGCUGAACCAAGUUUAUGUUUUGAGGACUACGUAUGUCUGAAUGGUAUUGAGAUCCAUGUGGUAUAGUCUGCUCUGCUUCUUGGAUUUAUUUGGUGACAAGUCACCAGCUUCCCUGACUGUGGGUACAAGGUUCUUUACUUACCUGGAAGAUUGUGUACUUUUGAUGUUUGGAAGACUAUUUUAAAAUACAAUAUUUAGUUGCUGUUCCAAGGUCAUUCAUUUGCACACCGUACUGUGACUGGAGUAAACUACAUUUAUGAAUAGUCAAAAUGUUCAGUCUGAGGCAUGACUUAUUUAUUUUUGCAAAUGACAAGCAUCUCAAAGGAAAAUCGUUAGAGGGCAGUGUUGAUCUGCGAGGUACUCAUUGGCCUGGUAUAGAAUAGAUGACUGCUGAUAAAUUAUGGACAUUUAUUCUUGUCCCUGUCAUUACAGGAACUGUCCCUGCGUGUGCUGCUUUGUUUGAACAGUGGUUAAUGUUGAAAUGCAUCCGAUAAAGUGAAGUAGUGUGCAACUUUUGUAACUUAUUUUAUAUAUAUAUAUAUAUAUAUAUACACACACACACACAAACACACACUUAUAAAAUUUACUUUUAUGUUCUUACCAUUCAGUUCAAAAUGUUCACAAUUUACAGUGCAAACGUAACAGAAUAGUCAGAGCAGUGGCUGCCACAAAGUCAAACUGUACUGUUUGUCCACCCUUACCGUUGUCUUGCCUUACUGUAGAACUUUACCUCAAGCUGAUGAACAGUAUUUUCAGAGAUACUGACACUUAAAAGGAAUGAUGGCAAAUGGCAGCUCUCAUUUGUCAGUGGAUUGCUACAUGACCUUUUAAUGAGGAAUUGUGCUUAAUGCAACCCAGUGCAUGUAAACUAUACAAAUAUGGUUUCUAUUUAAGGAUGUGUUUACAGCCAGUGUUAAAGGUUUUAAAAUGAUUGUAAUGUUGUAUAGCUUAGCUAAAUCACGUUAUCAUUUAACCAAUACUGAUAAAAUAUUUAACAGUAACAUUUUUUGUACUGGUUUAGCAACAGUGGCCUUUUAAAUGUUUUUA